AUGUUGGCUUCUUCUUUUCUUGUCACCCUGGCGGGACUUGUCUCUUUGAGCACAGCUGGAUAUGUGCUGGAGGAUGACUACAGCGUUGAUCAAUUCUUUUCCAUGUUUGAUUUUUUCACUGCUGCUGACCCCACGAAUGGGUACGUGCAAUAUGUGGACCAGAACACCGCUCAAAGCGGCGGGCUCAUCAACACCAACAACGGCGCCGUCUAUAUGGGUGUUGACCAUACCAAUGUUGCGUCGGGCUCCGGCCGCCAAAGCGUCCGCCUGACCAGCAAAAAGUCGUAUAACCAAGGCCUCAUCAUCCUGGAUCUUUCACACAUGCCUGGCGGAAUCUGCGGCACUUGGCCAGCCUUCUGGACCGUCGGCCCCAACUGGCCAAGUGCAGGCGAAAUCGACAUUAUCGAGGGAGUCAACUCGCAAGCAUCCAACGCCAUGACCCUGCACACCGGCGCCGGGUGCAGCAUUACGAACAACGGCAUGUUUUCGGGUUCAGUAGCCACGUCCAACUGCGACAUCAACGCCGCAGGCCAGGCUACCAACGCAGGCUGCUCCAUCUCGACCCCCAACGACGCCACCUUCGGAACGGGCUUCAACGAUGGCCAAGGCGGUGUCUACGCCACCGAAUGGACCUCGUCGGCCAUCAGCAUCUGGUUCUUCCCCCGCUCGGCCAUCCCCUCCGAUAUAUCCUCCGGGUCACCGGACCCCAGUGGCUGGGGCCAACCGCUGGCCUCGUUCCAGGGAGGAUGCAAUAUCGACGAGUUCUUCAACAACAACCAGAUCGUCUUUGACACGACCUUUUGCGGCGACUGGGCCGGCAACGUGUGGACUUCCGACCCUGUCUGCGGGUCCAAAGCGGCGACCUGCAAUGACUUCGUGCAGAACAACCCCUCUGCAUUCCAGGAUGCGUACUGGUCCGUCAACUCGCUCAAGGUCUUCCAGAGUAGCGGAGCCGAGAACUCCAGCAUCCCGACCGCGCCAUUCCCCACCGCGUCGACCCAAGCGCCCACCGUCAGCAUUCCUGGUGCACCAUCCUCAGGCAUCCCGCCGCCCGUGGUUCCUACACCUCCAUCGAGCAUCUCGGUUCCUACGACGGGCUUCAGCCGCGGCGGCAACGGGCGACACAGCUUCACAUUCGGCACGGCGGGUGCCACGGCGGCGGACUUUGCAGCCAUACCAGCGACCUCCACAACCGCAGCCUCGGCCUCGGGGUCGUCGUCAACGGUGUCCUUCGACGCACGAGAUUCCUCUGCCACUGCAACGGUGGGCCCGCCCAUGGCCGUGGCGGUCGCCUCGGACGGCACGAUCAACGAGGUCCAAGAGUCCCCGGCGUCGCCAUCGCCCACCACCACUACUGCUUCCCCGGCGCCCGCCGCCGCCUCAGAGACCGUCGGCGCCCUGGGCUAUCAGGAUUUCCACCACGAGAGCCGACGCGAGGCCGCGCCGUUGCCAGAGUCUGGCAAGUCCUCGUCGUCGUCCGUGGACGUCAUGGCGCCUUUCUCCUUCGACGAGGCCCACGCUAAACGCCACUUGGCAAGGCACAGGCGCAGCACCAGAGACAUGGCGCACCGCCAUCUGUUCCGUCACGGUGCUGUCGCGGGCGGCGCGGGAAGCGAAGAAUGA